AUGCAGGAUUCACCCAGCUCUCUGGUGAUGGAUGGAUACUCCAGCAACGUGCCAGCCUUCCUAACCAAACUCUGGACGCUGGUGGAAGAUCCUGAAACGAACCAUCUCAUCUGCUGGAGUAGCAAUGGCACCAGCUUCCACGUGUUCGAUCAAGGACGCUUUGCCAAAGAGGUGCUCCCCAAGUAUUUCAAACACAACAACAUGGCCAGUUUCGUCCGGCAGCUGAACAUGUAUGGCUUCAGGAAGGUGGUGAACAUCGAGCAGGGGGGUCUUGUCAAGCCUGAGCGAGAUGACACCGAGUUCCAGCACCUCUGCUUCCUGCAGGGCCACGAGCACCUCCUGGAGCACAUCAAGAGGAAGGUGUCGGUAGUGAAAAGUGAGGAGACCAAGAUGCGCCAGGAGGACCUCAGCAGGUUGCUAUACGAGGUACAGAUACUGAGAAGUCAGCAGGAGAACAUGGAGUGUCAAGUGCAGGACAUGAAGCAGCAAAAUGAAGUUCUUUGGCGGGAAGUUGUUUCUCUCCGGCAGAACCACUCGCAGCAACAGAAAGUGAUCAACAAGCUGAUUCAGUUUCUGUUUGGCCAGCUCCAAUCAAGCCCUAGCAGCACUGGGAUAAAGAGGAAGCUACCUCUGAUGCUUGACAACGGGAUCUCAGCUCCGCCAGUGUCCAAGUUCAGCCGGCAUUUGUCUACGGACCCCCUCCAUGACCCCUAUUUCAUACAGUCGCCAUCGACAGAACCUGCCUCUUGCUUAAACAGCCCUGCAAUUGUGGGAGGGCCCAUCAUAUCUGAUGUUACUGAAGCAUCACCAUCCAACGUAAUAAAUACGCAAUCACCUCCUGACAAUGACAGAGAGAAGUGCCUCAUGCUGAUCAAGGAAGAGCCGGUCAGCCCUGGAGUGAAAGCCGCCGCUGAGCCUGACGUCCCCCUGCCAGGCUGCCGGGCUUGCUCUGAGCCCCCUGUGCUCCCGGUUGCCAUGGUUCAGUCUGUUUUGGAAGGCAAAGGGAGCUGUGGUGCAGCCCCACUGGGGACCUCACAACCAUCCGAGAGAAGAGGCAGAAGGGCAUUGCUGGACAGAACAGAUAUUUCAGACCCGUUGGAGGGCACCGACUGGAGCUUGGAAGGGCUGCAGCUGCUGCUGAGGAGCCAGCAGUACGGCCUGGAGCCCGCCAGCCUCCUGGAUGUCUUUAAUCCCAAUUUGUCUUUGAGUGAGUGGAACUUGACUGAAAUGGAAGCCAGUCUGUCCCCGAUGCAGCGACUCACAGUGGAUCUGGAGAAGAAUGCAACUGAGCUGUCCUCCAAAGCGUUCAACGCACCGUUUAACAGCGCCUGCCCAGGGACAGAUGUCAUUCUUGAAAGUGCCCAGCAGUUCCUCGUUGAUCGUCAGUCAAUCUUUGGAAACGACCUCAUCAGCUUGCCUGAAAGUUCAUCACUUUAUGUUCCAUCUGAAAAUAUGACUUCCUACCUGUCCUCUGUGGCUGUCCAAGGGGAGAUCCCGUUAAACCUCAGCUCUUCAACUGACAACAACCAGUGA